AUGAGGUCAACCGCCGUCAUUCCCCUCCUCGCCGUCGUCGCCGCCGCCGCCGUCGGUGGCAGGAUCGAAGCGAUCCGUACGGUCCAAGUCCGUCUCAACAACACCGUCACGUCCUUUGCCCGGAGGAACCCCCGCCGUCCCGUGAGCGAAGCCGUCCUGAGAGAUGCCGCCCUGAGCGAUGCCGUCCUGAGCGAUGCCGUCCUUGGGCCCGUGCUCGAGUCGAUUCACCGUUCCGUCGCCGACUUGGACGACGAGCUCGGUCGGUUGGCCCGUCUUUCCGAGGACGAGGCUACGGAGCUCGUGCGAGCCUUGGAGGCCUUUGAAACGACGGCCCGCACCUUUCGACGAGCUCUCGGGGAGGCCGUCGAGGCCGUCGAGGCCAUCGGAGACGGCGGCUCCUGCGGCCUGGCCAUGGAUUGGAUGGGAAGCGUCGGGUACGUCUCGUGCUCGCUCCCCGGCAAGCUCUCCGGCAUCGUUCCUUUGGACCUCGAGCCGGUUGCCUCGAGGGCGGCCAAACGUUUGGCCCUCGUCUGGGACGAUUGCCACGAGCUCACCGAAAUGGCCUGUCUCGGUGACGAGCGAGACGUGCCCACCGACGACGCCUCCGUCAUCGGCCGCAUAUUCACGCCCAUCCGUCGUGCCCUCGACAGACUCGGCAGGAGGAUCGACGCCGCGGCCACGAGACCCAAGCCGUCGAUGGUCGUCGAUGCCAGCUUCGGCCGUCUUUCCGAUGCCGUGGAGGCUGCCGCGGACGCCUUGAACGGCGUGCACAACCUCACCGAGGCCGACGCCGUCCGGUUUGUCGACACGCUCGGGAGCCUCGAGGCUCGGUGGACCUCGGUGUUUGGCAAGCUUUCGCGCGCCAAGGAGCAGCUUCUGCGUCGGCGUCGUCCCUGCGCUCACCGUGACCUCUGGGCGAGCGCCCUACGUUGGCUGCGGCAAUUCGACGCCAGCUUCGCGUCCCUUUCCGGCACCGUCGCCCUGCUGGUGCCCCCGGGCUCCAGGCGGCGUGCCCUCGACGCGACGACGCACUUUUCCGCCGUCUUCUCGGGCCACGAAAACUUGGCCAGUCGUCCCUCCGACUUUCACGUCCUCUGCCACCCGAGCGGAGCGACACUCCGGGGGCUGCCGUGA